CUGGUGGAGGUGGAAGAGAUGAUGGUACAGAGUGUACAAGAUGUAGCAGUGCGUGCUGUGGAGAACCAUCCACUCACUCCACACUGCCAAUGGAUCACUCAGUGGCCAUCACAGGUGGUGCUUACGGUGGCACAGAUUGUAUGGACUACUGAUGUCACCUCCAUCCUAGCCAAGAGAGGAGGACUCAAAGAGUACUUAGAAGUGUGUGACGCUCGCAUUCAGGAGGUAGUGGGCAUGGUGCGAGGAAAGCUGGAACACGGUACCCGACUUACCCUGGGAGCCCUCAUUGUUACCUACGUCCAUGGACGUGAUGUGGUGCAAGAGUUGAUCCAGAAGGGUGCUGCCUCAGUAACGGACUUUACAUGGGUGUCACAGAUGCGCUACUACUGGGUGAACGAGCUGGUACAGGUGGACAUGAUCAUGACACGACUCCAGUACGGAUAUGAGUACCUGGGUAACACCUCCAGGCUAGUCAUCACACCUCUCACCGACCGCUGCUUCAGGACACUCAUGGGGGCACUAAAGCUGCACCUGGGAGGGGCCCCUGAAGGUCCUGCUGGCACUGGCAAGACAGAAACAUGCAAGGACUUGGCUAAGGCUGUGGCCAAGCAGUGUAUCAUCUUCAACUGCUCUGAUGGUCUUGACUAUAAGGCCAUGGGCAAAUUCUUUAAG